UUUACGUACUCCUCACUCUCCUCUGCAUAUUUUCCUACUUUCCAUUCACUCUUUUUACUCUUUCUAUGCCCAAAUUAUUAUCUUCUCCUUAACUUCAUCACCCUUUUUCUCACUCUUUUAUUCUCAAAAUCUUCACUUUUUCAGAUAAUUGAUCUGCUUUCUCUAAUGGGUCUUUCUUAAUACUUACAUUCAAUCACAAAUUAUACGAAAGUUUGUGUUUUGAUUUUAUUUUAUGGAGAUUUACCCAUUACUUAUAGUAGUGUUCUGUUUCUUGGCUAGUAAUGGGUUCAGCGUACUGUCUACUACUGAGUUUGAUUUUGGUACUUUAGCUUUGAGCAGUUUAAAGCUAUUAGGAGAUGCUCAUAUGGGUAACAACAAAAUCAAAUUGACACGUGAGCUCGCCGUGCCAAAUUCCGGUGCCGGAAAAGUUUUAUAUUCUAAGCCAGUAAGAUUCCGGCAGCCGGGUCUUGAUUUUCCGGCGAGUUUCUCUACGUUUUUCUCAUUUUCUGUUACAAAUCUGAAUCCUUCAUCGAUCGGCGGUGGUUUAGCUUUUGUUAUCACGCCGGAUGAUGAGUUGGUUGGAGACUCCGGUGGCUAUUUGGGAAUUAUGGAUGCAAAAGGGACCCAAAAUGGUAAUUUUGCUAUUGAAUUUGAUACACUUAUGGAUGUUGAAUUUAAAGAUAUUAAUGGGAAUCAUGUGGGGUUGGAUUUAAAUUCAAUGGUUUCAACUCAAGUUGGUGAUCUUGAUUCUGUUGGUGUUGAUCUAAAAAGUGGUGAUUUGGUAAAUUCAUGGGUUGAAUAUUCAGGUUCUAACAAAAAGCUGAAUAUUUUUGUUUCAUAUUCUAAUUUAAAGCCCAAAGAACCAUUUUUAUCAGCUACUAUUGAUCUUUCUGAGUAUGUAAAUGAUUUUAUGUUUGUGGGGUUUUGUGGUUCAACACAAGGGAGUACUGAGAUUCAUAGUAUUGAAUGGUGGAGUUUCAGUUCAUCAUUUGAUGUAAAUCCAAAAUCUCCGGCGGCGGCGCUGCCUCCUCCGCCGCCAACGGCUAGUUUGAUGAAUCCCACGGCGGAUUCUGUUACAUCGCCGCCGCCUUCGAUGGCUCCUUUGCAGUCUAAUGGUACCGUGAAUUCAGAGCAAAAAAGUAGUAGUAGCAAAUGCCAUAACAGUUUUUGUAAACAAGGUGCUGGAGCUGUUGUUGGUGUUGUAACUGCUGGAGCGUUUGUUCUAGCUUUUGCUACAUUGUUACUUGUUUGGCUGUACUCGAAAAAAUUCAAGAAUGUGAAGAAUUCUGAAAAUUUGGGGUCUGAUAUUAUCAAAAUGCCCAAGGAAUUCAGCUAUAAGGAGCUUAAAAUUGCGACGAAAGGUUUUGAUUCGACGAGGAUAAUCGGACAUGGUGCAUUUGGGACAGUUUAUAAGGGGAUUUUGUCUGAGACUGGUGAUAUUGUAGCAGUGAAAAGGUGUAGUCAUAAUGGACAAGGGAAAGCUGAGUUUUUAUCUGAAUUAUCAAUAAUUGGAACACUUAGGCAUAGAAAUCUUGUUAGACUUCAAGGAUGGUGUCAUGAGAAAGGUGAAAUUUUAUUAGUUUAUGAUUUGAUGCCAAAUGGUAGUCUUGAUAAGGUAUUAUUUGAGUCAAGAAUGGUACUACCAUGGCUACACAGGAGGAAAAUUUUAUUAGGUGUUGCUUCAGCCUUAGCAUAUUUACAUCAAGAAUGUGAAAAUCAAGUUAUUCAUAGGGAUAUUAAGACUAGUAAUAUUAUGUUGGAUGAAGGGUUUAAUGCAAGAUUAGGUGAUUUUGGAUUAGCAAAACAAAUUGAACAUGAUAAAUCUCCUGAUGCAACAGUAGCAGCAGGAACAAUGGGAUACUUAGCACCGGAAUAUUUGUUAACCGGUCGAGCAAGUGAAAAAACUGAUGUUUUUAGCUAUGGGGCAGUGGUUCUUGAAGUGGCAAGUGGGAGAAGGCCAAUUGAGAAAGAAACAAAUGGGGUUGGGAAAGUUGGAUUGAAUAGUAAUUUGGUGGAAUGGGUGUGGGGAUUACAUAAAGAAGGAAGGUUAUUAGCAGCAGCUGAUUCAAGAUUGAAUGGUGAGUUUGAGGAACAAGAAAUGAGAAGGGUUUUGUUAGUUGGUUUGGCUUGUUCACACCCUGAUCCUAUGGCUAGACCAACAAUGAGAGGUGUGGUUCAAAUGUUAGUUGGUGAGGCUGAAGUUCCUAUUGUCCCUAGAGCUAAGCCAACAAUGAGUUUUAGCACAUCUCAUCUGCUAAUGACAUUGCAAGAUAGUGUUUCUGACUUGAAUGGUAUGAUCACACUUUCAACUUCUUCAUCUGAAAAUAGCUUCAAUGGUGGUGGUGUGGGUAUGGACCUAGUCUAGUUCAAUAUCAAGAAAAGGAGCUUGGAAUACUUUUUGUCAUCUUUUGUUUUCCCUUUUGUUCAUAGAUUCAUUAAUUUAUUAUUAUAUGUAUGUAACAAAUAAGCCUAACUUGUAGUAUUAUGUAUGCCCAUAUUAAUUAAAAAGGGGGUUUUUGUACUA